UAGCCCAGACUGUCAUUGUGAUAGAUCGCGAUAGUCUUUAUAUUCAAGUUAUUAAAAUGGAAGCGAACAUUUGCAGCAUCCAGGUGCUUCUUCAAGCCGCCGAAUUUUUGGAGAGAAGAGAACGAGCAGUUCAGCCACAUAAAAUAUAAUGUUGUCAUCAAAAAUCAGGAUGGCGCCAAAACCCAAAAGCAAAACGUCAACAGUAGCUUUGACAGCACAGUUGUCUCAAAGAUAGAAUGGAAGCAGAACACGGGUAUGCAUCAUCAGCGCUGCCAUUCCACAGCCCAAGGGAGUCCGAUAAGAAAAACAAGCAGAAGAACAAGAAGAUACAUGCUGGUAGCAACAGGUCUGUUCACAACGAACUGGAAAAGCACAGGCGAGCUCAGCUGAGGCACUGCUUGGAGCAGUUGAAGGAGCAGGUUCCUCUAUCGUCUGAUUCCACGAGAAACACCACUCUCAACCUGCUCAGACGAGCUCAGCUCCACAUUAAGAAGCUGCAACAGCAGGACGAGUGUGCCGAGCAAGUGAAGGGGCGCCUGCGCUGGGAGCAGAGGGAGUUGCAGGUGAGGCUGGAUCACCUGCAGGGCAGCACUGAGAGGAUGAGGAACAACAGCCUGGGCUCCACCAUGUCCUCCGAGCGCUCCGACUCCGACAGAGAGGAUGUGGAGGUGGAUGUGGAGAGCAUCGUGUUUGAUUGCUUGGAUUCUGACAGCCUGGGUGGCACUCACACUGAGGUGGACCACUGCUACUCUAGCCCUGACAGGGUGUGGCUAUGACAGCAGUUCAUCCACACAGGCCCAGAUGGAAGGAAACAAGGAGAGAAGGAGAAGAAACAAACAUUCCAAAAGAGAAGAAACAAAAAAGACUACUAAAAGACAGACAACAUGACUGUCCAGGUGGCUUAUGACAUCGCUGACAAUUACAGUUAUUUAACUGUAUUGUUUUUAGAGAUGAAUCAUGUCUUUAUCACUCUGUGUGAGUACAGAAGAACUUAUUUUUGCUCAAUUGAGCACAGUCCAAUCGCACUGAGUAGCAAUUUCAUGUCCUGGGUGCGAAAUCCAAAAAAGCAUUCUUUACAAAAAGGAACAUCACAGAUGUUUUAAUUUAACUUUUGUUUCAACCUGUAACUUUUAAAGAGGUGCUGAAGUAGUUGUUGUCACUUGCCAUGAGUGUUGUACAAAUUACACCAGUUCUAUUAGGUCUAUAAUCUACAUUUGAAGGACUCUUUUUAAUACAGUAUUUAUAUUUUGGAUGAGGCCUUUAAUAUGGGUUCUAAUCCCCACUAUCUACAGCUUUUCUUCAGCUAACAAGCUUAAUUUCAGGUGUAUCAUUGUAAUGUACAGCUUGCACUUAUCCAGUAGUCUGAAUUAUGUAUAUCUAAUGGAACAACAAUAGCUGUUUUUAUUUUAUUUAGUUGUGGUCUGUUGCACAAACCAUCCACCCAGCACUUCAUCCGUCUAGUAAGGGUUGUGGGAAUAUCAUUCUGAAUGGUGCUUUUACUGAACAGACCUUAUUUGCACAUUUUGAAUUCUGACAUGCAAGUCGUGUUAGUACCACAGACUGUUUGUGCUCCAUUAAUUGGUUCACAAACAUUUAAUUAAGUGCACCAAUUUAUUCAAAACUGACUGGUUAAACUAAUGUAACAUGAAAUGCAGUCAUUCAUUGGUCUCUAUUGGGGUUCUAUCUAUAUUUUGUUUAUGCAUGCAAUUGUUGCACCAUUGUCAGGGAAGUGGUGACCAAAAACAACUAGUAAUAUCUUUUAUGCAACUUUUGCUGUAUUACAAAGAUACAUUUGAUUCUCUGAUGUGUUGUGCCUUCAGGAUUGUAAAUAUAAAAUGCCUUAUGAUUGUGUAUUUCAUUACAGCAAAACAUGUAUGCAUUCACCUUUUCUGUCCUCCCAGUAACAUUAUGUAGCAUUUUCUACUAGCCUUUUGUAUCAAUAAAUAUUUUAUUUAAUUUGA